UUCCUCUCCACUUUGACCAAUAAGCGGAACUCGUCAGUGAUGGAAGGUCGGUUGCAGAAGUGUGCAGGGUCCGGUGAUAAACUGGGUGUCAAUUAGAGGAGAACUUUCACCGGUGAGCAGCUGUAGUCAGCACAAGAGUCGUGCCUUUUGCUUGCUGAGAGGAGAGACGAUGGAGUGGCGCCAGCAGACCAGUGUCAGCUGUGCAGACGCGUUCAACGAGGCUCAACGCUGGAUUGAGGAAGUGACCGGAAAAUCGUUUGGUUGCAACGACUUCCGUGCGGCCUUAGAGAAUGGAGUCCUGCUUUGCGACUUGAUCAACCAGUUGAAACCUGGUAUCAUUAAGAGAGUAAACAGGCUUUCUACUCCCAUUGCUGGCCUGGAUAAUGUGAAUGUAUUCCUGAAAGCCUGUGGGAAACUGGGACUGAACGUGUCUCAGCUGUUUCAUCCCGGAGACCUGCAGGACCUUUCCACUCGCGCAAAUCUCAGGCGAGAUGAAAGCAACAGAAGACUCAAAAAUGUUCUCAUCACAAUCUACUGGCUGGGUCGCAAGGCAAACCUAGAUGCUUUCUACAGCGGCCCUCAGCUGAACUUCAAAGCCUUUGAGGGGCUGUUAGGGUUGGCCUUGUCCAAGGCUCUAGAUGAGGGCAGUAAUGUGUUUGUGAAAGACGGCUGGUACCCAGAGAGGACGAGCUACAAGACGGAGAACUCUGCAGAUGGCACCGACUCUCUAGAGUCCCGAGUCCUCCGCCCAAACAGUGACGGUUGUGGAAGUGACGCGGAAGCUGAGCAGGUGUUCAAGAUGGAGAACACACAGCCCUCCACCCUGCAAAACAAAGGUUGUAUCCAGGCACCACUGCUCCGGGGAAAACAAGGAUGGGAGGCGAAUGUAAGGGGCUCCACAAGUCCGCUCUCCAGGAGCAAAUCACUCAGCGACAUCCCGAUGGUUUACCCUGUGCGUAAAGUUCCUGAUGGGAGCACCAUUUAUGAUGUGGACCAGGACGCUGGCAUGGCAGGAGAGUGGAAUCAAGAAGACAAACGCAAGUGUAGCGUUGCUGCCAAGGACAGUGAAGCUCAGUGGCACGAUGACUUGAAUAAGUGGAAGAAUCGUCGCAGGAGCACCAAGUCUGACCUCCGCAGGAAGUCCCAAGACAGAGACCAUGUCAUUAACCAGAUGUCCAAUGGGGCUGUGACUAAGAGUGAAUCACAAGGUGGACUGCUAAAGAGAGACCAGCAGUCACCACGCAAACAUAACCCCGCCCCUCGUCCUUACCCCACCUCUCCCCCAACAAAAUCAUCCAGCUCUGAUCUCCGGCCACAUACUCGGGCUCUGCUGGCCCGCAGCUACGCCACAGAGGCACCUUUCAGCCCCACGGCUCCACUGAGCUCCCACAGCUCACCUCACACCCAGGGAUCGUCAGUUGGAGCCAUGCCUGCCUCUGAUGGGAACAUCCUGGGAGAGGAGACCCACCUUGCCUCCUUGGCUACAGAUGGAGCAGGAGUUACCACUCCUUCUCUGGACUGCCCCUUCAGCUCCCAGACUCAAGUCAAAGCACAGGGCAGCCCAGCUCCUCCCCAGCCAACAUUUGAACUGGUCAAGCCCGAAAAUGUUUUUACAAACCAAAUCUCCACCCUGACCACAACUUUAAAGCCAAAUGUGACCACGAAGUCAACCAACACCAGGGAUCCACCUGGAUCCAUGUGGAGUCACAACGAACUUCCAUCCUGCGCUGACGCUGUUAGUCUGCCAGGAGAUGAUCCUCAGGAGGACUUGUCCCACCAGAGCCACAAGUCUCAGGAAGAGAUCCAGAAGACAUCAUGGGAACCAGCUGUGGAACAAGGCAGAGGCCAGCAGGUUGCAGGCUCUUAUAAGUUCCUCUCCAGAGCUGGGUCGUGGUCCAGCUCAGCCAGCCUUCCUCGUGGUUACCGGAGGUCCGAGGGCUCGUCUCGUCUCUCCUCUGCAAUCACGGCCAGGCCCUUUGGGACCAAACAGUCCAGGGUGUCCUCAUUGCCGAGACUUUGCAAUGUCGACAACAACCAGGGGGUGCUGCUGAAAAAUGAGAAAGAGGAAUCUCUCUCUCCAGCCACCAAAUCUUCCCUCAAGAGACAGACUGCGACCGCCCAUCUGGAAACUCCACACCAGGCUUCACUCACACACAGGCAAGCUCACCAGGUGAAGCAGAAUGGCACAGAGCAGGGAGAGGAGGUGAAAGCUGCCACCCUCUCCAGCCAGAUCUCCUUCCAAACCAAUGGCUACCACCAUCAGCCCUACACCCAAAACCAGCUGCUACCGCAGCCUUAUUCCAACCAGCAGACCCACUACAACAAAAGCUCGACCCUGCCAUCUAAGGCAAGCGUUGACCUCCUGAAGGUGGAUCACAGUGACAUGAGAGUGAGCCUGUCUCUAAAACCCAACAGCAGACCAGACUUUGGUUUCCAGACUCACUGGGACUCCACCAGGGCAAGAGUCAAGUACAUUCAACCUGGCAGUCCAGCGGAGCUUUGCCAGCUGUGUGUGGAUGAUGAGAUUGUGGCUGUUAAUGGAGUUUCGGUGGCACACAUGAAAUACAACCAGUGGAAGGAUCAAAUGACAUCUUCCCUGCAGACCGGCAGUCUGACCAUGGACAUUCGGCGCUAUGGCAACAAGGAUUGGAGCACCAGUGAGGGGAGUCAUCACAAGCAGCAGGGCCAGAGCAGAGUGACCCUCAAUCUGACUACCGCAGCGCCCGUUCUGAUGGGCUGCCCUGAUCACCAAGCCAACAGUGGUGCCUCUGCAGAAACCGCAGUCAGGACAGUGUCCAAAUUCAAUGGGCAGACAGACAAUGUUUUACAGGGCAAAGUCAUGCAUGGAGAGCUCGGUGACAACCACAAGACAGCCAAGAGUAAAGGCUCUGCAGGAUUCAGCUCCUGGGUUUACUUGUGUGGAGGCUCAGAAUCUGCAAUAUCUGAUCUCCAGGUGCCAUCCCUCAACCCCUCCUCAUCCAGCUGGUCGUGGGACCGCGAGGAGGAUCGAAGGCGUCAGGAGAAGUGGCAGGAAGAGCAGGAGCGCCUCCUACAGGAGCAAUACAAGCGGGAUCAGGAGAGGCUUGAAUCAGAAUGGCGGAGGGCACAACAAGAAGUAAAGGGGGAGCUAUACAGGAAGCCAGGGCAGAACACAUUUGAGAUGACCAAUGGAGGUGAGAGACCUGCCAGCGCCCAGCCACACGUGAAUGGGUUGACAAACAAAAGCAGAGAAGAAGAGCGGAGCCCCGACAGAGAUGAGCUGAAAGUGACGGGAUCAAAACCUCAAAGUAAAGCACAAGGAGAGCACCAUGACAAGAUUACCGAGCACGCCUGGGCUGAAGACUCCCGUGGCUUUGCUCAGCUGUCUCCUGCACACAGGGCAAAGUCCUUAUCUACCCCAGCAUUAGCUGGCCCCCACCAACAGGCACAAGGUGAUGAGAAAAAAAGACUAGGACAGUCCACAUCUAAGGCUGAGAUAGACAGGCAGCAGAUUCUGGAGGAGAUGAAGAAAAGGACUCAGCUUCUGACCGACAACAGCUGGAUACGUCAGCGCAGCAGCAGCUUUUACAAAGAACCGAUCUAUGUUGGGGUUCCCAUGAAGAGGUAUGAGUCUCUGGACAACCUGGACAUUGUGCGUCAGUCCCCGCUCUCGGCCACUACGUUCAGCUACCCUCGUCCACACUCAGCUGCGGCAGGUUACUGCGCUCCAAGUAGGAACGCCUCUUCCCGCUACAGCACUGGAGCACUGUUAUCCCAGAGAAAUACAUUUGACUCCUCUCAUCCUGGCAGGAUGGUCAGUGGCAGGAGGACUUGCUGUGUGUGUGAGCGUGUCCUGGGUAGUGGGGCAGCCAUGGUCAUAGAGACCCUUAGUCUCUGCUUCCACCUCGCCUGUUUCCAGUGUGUGGGCUGCCACCGACAUCUCGGAGGAACUGAGACUGGAGUCCAGGUUCGAAUCCGAAAAGGGAGGCCCCACUGUGAGCCCUGCUAUUUCAGACUCAAGUUCCCUGGUGCCCCCUCCAUGUGACCAGCAUGCCGUGCUCCAGAUCAUAGAGUGAGCAGCCGAAUCACCGGGAACUUCUUUUGGAAAAAACUACAAAAGCAGUGGAAACAUCAGCCACACAGCCGAGGCAUGACUCUUGUCUCCUGCAGCAAUUGUUGAUACAACUGUUCACUCUGUUGGGAUAAAAGGUCUUUUGUGGAUAUACAAGCAAAGUAGACUUAAAGGCUGUUUCUUAAUCAAAUAUAAUUCAUGUGGUACUUGUCUUUCUGAAGAAAAUGUAGAUUUAAUAUAUGAAAUAAAGUGAUUAUGGGAAUUAUAGUGUUUGAUUAAUGCUUUUAUUCUGAUGCUAGUGUUGCCUUUUGUCAUAUCUGUGUUGUAUUUGAUAUUUGUCCAAUAGCACAUUAAAGAUAUCCAAUUUUUCUCAUUGAUGUAACUGAUAAAAGGAGACACAUUUUAACUUGUACUGAUGCACUUUCUGAUCUGUUGUAAUCUCACCAGGUGCACUAUGGGAUAAAUCACUGGUACAUGUAACGUAUGUAUUUCUUGCGUGAAAGUGGGAAACUUAACUGGAAUGUUUUUGUAAAUAAAGUGCACUGAACAUAA